CUCAUAAUAAUAGAGUUAGGGGUUUUGAUACCUAUUCCUGAAAGAAUGGGGGUGGUCGGAAGUGAAGAAGCAGAAGAAGAAGAAGGUGCAUCAAUCAAAGCUCUUGGCUCUCUCUUCAAGCUUACUCAAAUCCAUCUAUGGGAAGAUGGGUCGACAGAUACUCGUUUGGUUCCUCUCUUCCAUGAACACAAAAACAGGUCUGAGGACGUGGGAUUGAUACAAGAGAUGAAAGCUCUGGGUCUUCCUGUUGCUUUUCAGACUAAUAAGGAGUGGAAGAACAGAACAAGGUCUAUCCCCCAAAAGAAAAGAAUCAAGGAUCGAUCAGACCAGGUUAAUGUUGAUGUUGCAUCCCCUCUGAGUUUGUUGGUAUCUGAUUGCUCUUCAGUUCAUGCUGAGGUUGAUGGACCCUGUGUGGAAAACGAAAACGAUCAAGUUGUUUGCUUGGGAGAUGGAGAUAGAGAUUAUUUGUUGACAUCUGAGGCAACAGUUUCUCAGAGCUACGAACUCGGUGCUGAGCAUGGCUCUAGUGAAUGGAAAGUUUACUGGGACUCUUUCUAUGGACGAAGUUACUUUUACAACGUUAACUCACAAGAGUCCACAUGGCAGCCACCUCUUGGGAUGGAGCAUCUUGUAGCUUAUAGCCAUGAAUUGCCUAUAGAGGUAACAGAGAAGCCAUGUGAUGACCUGCUCAGAACUGUACCUGUCGAUGGUGUUCCCCCUGAACAGGCUGACGAUCUUGGUGGAGUUUGUCAAAUUCAAUGUGAAACAGAAGCUCUAGAAGAAGUUAUCAGUUUGAAUGAUACAAACCAAGAAGAGGGAAACGAUGCAUCUGUUGUAAAAUCAACUAAGAAGGCUAAAAAGAAGACAAGAAGAAGUCGAGCCAAGAAGAUAUUCUCAUGUUCGAACACAGGUGUUCCUGACGAAUAUUCUGAUGUCCUUGGUAAGUAUUGGUGCCAACGAUAUCUCCUCUUCUCCAGAUUUGAUGAAGGCAUCAAAAUGGACGAGGAAGGAUGGUUUUCUGUCACUCCUGAAGCUAUAGCUAAGCAUCAUGCCACUCGGUGUAGCGGAGGCGUAGUCAUUGACUGUUUUACAGGAGUUGGUGGAAAUGCUAUUCAGUUCGCUUCAAGGAGUCAUCAUGUAAUUGCAAUUGAUUUGGAUCCAAAGAAACUUGAUUUGGCAAAGCAUAACGCUGCCAUAUAUGGCGUUGCUGAUAAAAUCGACUUUGUGAAGGGAGACUUCUUUGACUUGGCUCAUUACUUGAAGGCAGGCACUGUCUUCCUAUCGCCUCCAUGGGGAGGCCCUGAUUAUCUUAAAGCGAGUACGUACGACAUGAAGACAAUGCUGAGACCUCGUGAUGGAGACGCUCUAUUUACUGCGGCAAUGGACAUUGCAUCGACUGUCAUUAUGUUUCUUCCUAGAAAUGUUGAUAUUAACCAAUUGGCAGAGCUCGCCUUAUCAACAUCUCCUCCAUGGUCACUUGAGGUAGAAAAGAACUACUUAAAUGGGAAGCUGAAGGCAAUAACAGCAUACUACUUCAGACAAGAUGGUUGUUAGAACUAGAAAUAAGACAGACCUUUCUCACCCAUUCAAUGCAUGAAUGCCACAUGUUUCUGCAUUUGUGUCAGCUUGUGGAAUUCAAGUGAAUAACAAUGGAUUUAGAAUCAUAGUUUUAUGCGUUUGUAUAUAAAGCGUGUUUUGUAUGGGUUAUUACUCCGCCUCUCAUAACACAUUUCUUCAAACUGUAAACUUGUGAACUUCUGCAAGAAACAUC